AUGCGGUGCCAUGCGCGGCUUCCGCUGGUGUUUCACCCGGGCUAUUCGCCCCCAUGGCCCGACAAGCACCGGUUUCCCAUGUGGAAAUUCCGCGACCUCGCGUUGCAGCUGCAAGCCGACGGCCUCGUCCAUGCCUCGCCGGCCUCGGGUGAGGCGCCCUUUCUGCGGCCGGUAAAGGCCUUGGAGGAACAGGUGCUGCUGGCGCACGACCAGGACUACUACGAGGGAUUUUGCACCAACAGCCUCCCAGCCCACCUUUGGCGCCGAAUCGGCUUCACCCAGCGGCCCUGCCAUGCGCAGCUGGUGCAGCGGACGCAGCUGGAGGUCAGUGGGACGCUGCUGGCGGCGCGGAAGGCGCUGGAACGUGGCAUGGCAGGCAACUUGGCCGGUGGCACCCAUCACGCCCACCGAGCCUAUGGAAGCGGAUACACCGCACUGAAUGACCUGGCAAUCACGGCAAAAGUUCUUCUCAAGGAAGAAGCUGUGGCUCGCCUGCUGAUUUGCGAUCUGGACGUCCACCAAGGUGACGGCACAGCGGAAAUUUUGAAGGAGGAACCGAGAGCCUUCACCAUGUCAGUCCAUUGCAAGGACAACUUUCCCUUCGGCUUUAAGGGCAUGUCUCAUCUUGGCCAUGAUCAAAGCGAUUGGAAUGUGGCGUUGCCCAAGGGCACCGCUGAUGCUGUGUAUUUGGCCACGGUCUUCGAACAUCUGCAGGCUGUUCUGGAGGACUUUCGUCCUGAGCUGGUCCUGUACGAUGCCGGGGUCGAUGUUCAUGUGGAAGACGAUCUGGGGAAUUUCUGCAUUUCCUGGGACGGCUUGCGAAAGCGAGAAGAGAUGGUCCUUCAACUCUGUGUUUCCAAGGGCAUUCCAAUUGCUUUCGCGCGGGCGCCCGAUGACGCCCGGAGGCCUUUGAGGUCAUCGGGGGUGGCUAUCACCGCAAUGCCAAACAUUUGUCCAAACGCCACGCCUUGGUCUUCCACGCUGCGGCCAAGCUUUACCACGGAUAGGGAGGCUGUGAGAUGCGGCAGAAACCGUGGAAGGAGGCGUUGGACAUGGGUGCCGGUUGCCGAUGCCAAACCGGCAGGCAGGAAGAGGAUGCCUGAGCAGUCAACUGUUUUAUCCGCAAUGUUGGACAAUUGGACCACCCCGGCGAAUUUCUACUUGACUCUCCCGUUCCAGGACGCCGUGCUCAAACGCCAAGCCUUGCGGAAUUCAAACAGUUGCGCGCAGGGGAUACCAAAAUGGCGGUUUCUCUUUUUAUUUGUUACCAAGCUUGGAAAGAAGGUCUUUUUUUAA